UGUUCUCUUCAGGACCCUCAUUUUCUUGACCAUUGUCUUUUUUUUUCAUUUUUUUUCAGGUAACUUUCCUUCAAGCGGAAAGCCCUCUUUCACACCAACCCAAUCCCUAACACUCGUUCCCACUAUCUUCUUCUCUUUCUCCCCAUUUCCACCUUUUUUAUUGGAAAGAAGGGUUGAGAGAUAGUUUUUCUACCAUGGCCGACGACAAGGCCGCAGUCGCCUCCGGCGCUGAUCCCGCCGGCGAUGCUGCUCGUCGACGAAACGUACCCGGGGCUUCUGCCCCUGGAGCUCCAGCACAGCCGCAGCUGGACGAGAAGAAAAUACAUGGAAAGAAGAAGCAGUCUUCGUUCCUCGAUGUACUUGAUCAGUGGGAGGUCAUCAUUGCCCCUCUGAUCUUCACUGCACUCGCCGCUUUCACACGUCUAUGGAAGAUUGGCCUAAGCCCAAUUGUUACUUGGGAUGAAGCUCACUUCGGCAAAUUCGGAUCCCACUAUAUUAAACGUGAACUAUUUUUCGAUGUGCAUCCCCCUCUUGGUAAAAUCCUUGUUGGUCUCUCCGGAGUCUUAGCGGGUUACAAUGGGUCGUUCGAGUUCAAAUCCGGUGAGACAUAUCCCGAGGAGCUCGACUACACCUUCAUGCGAGCUUUCAAUGCCUUCUGGGGAAUAUUAUGUGUGCCGCUGGCCUACUACACUGCUAGGGAGUUACAGUUGAGACGGCCUGCUGUCUGGCUAGUUACACUUAUGGUUCUGUGUGAAAACUCGUACACUACGAUUAGCCGAUUUAUCCUGCUCGAUUCUAUGCUCCUCUUCGGUACUGUUUCCACUGUCUUCUGCUGGUCCAAGUUCCAUCGCCAGCAAAAAUACAGCUUCGAGCCCGAGUGGUUCUUCUGGCUGUUUAUGACAGGGUUGAGUUUAGGAUUCGUUUGCAGUAUCAAGCUUGUUGGGCUCUUUGUCACGGCUCUCGUCGGCAUUUACACGAUCGAAGACUUAUGGAACAAGUUUGGUAACACCAAGAUGCCAGUUCCGGUCCUCGCUGGCCAUGUCGCCGCUCGAGUCGUCGGUCUCAUCAUUAUUCCGCUGCUCGUCUAUAUGUUCUCCUUCGCGCUUCAUUUUGCUAUCUUGACCAAGAGCGGACCAGGAGAUGCGCAGAUGAGCUCCCUCUUCCAAGCCAACCUGGAAGGUAGUGAGAUUGGACGGAACUCUCCCCUGGAAGUCGCCAUUGGUUCUAAAGUGACACUGAAGAAUAUGGGUUACGGUGGUGGUCUCCUCCACAGUCACGUUCAGACCUACCCCGAGGGUUCGACUCAGCAGCAAGUUACUUGCUAUCACCAUAAAGAUGCCAACAAUGAAUGGUGGUUUUACCCUAACCGUCACGAACGCGACUACAACCCGGAGGAAGAGCCUAGGUUUAUUGGAAACGGCGAUACUAUCCGCUUAAUUCAUUCGCAGACUGGACGAAACCUCCACACUCAUGAUAUCGCUGCCCCUGUUACCAAGAGCCAAAAGGAGGUGUCCUGCUACGGUAAUCUUACUGUUGGCGAUGAUAAGGAUCAUUGGCAAGUCGAAAUCGUCAAGGACGUGUCUUCCCGCGACAAGAGUCGUGUGCGAACUUUGACUACCGCUUUCAGGCUGCGAAAUCCGGUUAUGGGCUGUUAUCUCCGAGCCGCCAACGUCAACCUUCCUCAAUGGGGUUUCAAGCAAAUCGAGGUUACCUGUGACAAAAAGAACAACCCCCGUGAUACUUUCACCCACUGGAACGUCGAAGCCCACACUAACGACAAGCUUCCUCCGGGAGACCCUGGCAAGUACAAGUCGCCUUUCUUCCAUGACUUCAUCCACUUGAAUGUUGCCAUGAUGACAUCUAACAACGCCCUGGUGCCUGACCCCGAUAAGCAAGACGACCUCGCUUCUCAGUGGUGGCAGUGGCCCAUCCUGAACGUCGGCUUGCGUAUGUGCGGCUGGGAUGAUAAGAUUGUCAAGUACUUCCUUCUAGGUAACCCCUUUGUCUACUGGGCUUCGACGGCCUCCCUCGGUGCCGUCGGCCUCGUUACUGUUUGGUACAUCCUCCGAUGGCGACGAGGUUUCACCGAUCUUACGCAAGAUGAUGUGGAUCAUAUUCACUACGCUGGAAUAUACCCCAUCCUGGGAUGGUUCCUUCACUACCUCCCCUUCGUUAUCAUGGCCCGAGUUACUUACGUUCACCAUUACUACCCAGCGCUGUACUUUGCAAUCCUAAGUUUGGGUUUCUUGGUUGAUUGGUUGUUGAGGAACCAGAAGAAAGUGAUCCAGUACAGUAUUUACACGAUCCUAUACGCUACUAUCAUCGGCCUAUACAUCUUCUUCAUCCCCAUCUGCUGGGGUAUGACAGGAAGCAACCAGAAGUACAAGUACAUGAAGUGGUUUGACACCUGGCGCAUCUCCGACUAAGAGGUCGAAUCGAAUCCAGGGGACGAAGGAGACGAAGCGAUAGUAGGGUUAGGUACCUGGGUAGGCUCAUCAGCCUCAACUGUUAUUCAUAUAGAACAUGGCGAUCCGGACCAUCUGGUUAUAACGGCCAUCGAUCAAUCUUCUCCAUCUCCUCUAUUUUUCUUGGUUUGAUGUAACGAUAUGAAGGCAAACUUGCAUGAAAAGGGGAAUUAGAGAGCGGAGUUAAUGGUGGUAAAACGUGGAUGAGGCAUACUGGGGAACAAAAAAAAAGAGAUCAACUACUCAUCAGCAGCAUACCGCUUUCUAAUAUUACGUCUUUUAUUUCCCUUUUCUAAUCAAGAAAAGUCGCUCCUUGUGGUGAAGUAUCACCUUGUCGUAGUCGAUGCUUCAAAAGUAGACAUUAUUACGUAGGGUAUCAUCGAAUGCGUGUGCGAUGCCUCCGGCAGGU